AUGAAACCUCGUUAGCACUUAUAAUAGGAUCCUGACCGCACUUAAUCCAAUUCAUUUAUAUCUCAUUCCAACCAUCAAAGGGACACAAGUAAUCAUCAAAUUCUUGAUGACGACAGUCCUCGCUACAAUAACUUUUUCCAUCACAAGUAGUCUUUCCAAUCAAACCAAGAGGACGAGUUUGGUUAUGAUGAUUACGAUAGACCUUAUAAAUCUUACUAUAACUACUAGGACAACAGCAAGAGAUAUAGUAAAUUGAAAUUUAACCUUAAUAAUAUCUUAGGUAACUUGGCUGCUAUUGAUUGCUUCGCUACAAUCUAUGGGUAGAACUUGUACUAAAAAACCUACUAAGACUCCCUGAAGGUGAAUCAAUUGGUUGAAGAUGUAUUUUUGGACGAGCGCCCAUUAAAUAUUGAUAAGUUAUUCAAACCUGAGGAGUAAUACCAAAAUGGAUUUCACACCAUGAGAAACUAAUAGUAGACUCACCAAAGAAAACCAUAAGUAACUCAAGAAGAGAUGAUGCAAGCCCAAUGCUUUGAGGACAGUUUGCUUAUGCUAUCCCCUGAUUACAACUAAUAAUUUGAAUAAAAUGAGGGACUUCACAAACUAUUUGAAGAUCCUGAGGAAAAAAUGCUGAAAAUAAAGAAUAGCAUCGCUCAAAGUAGAAACAGAAAAAGAUAGAGACUUAACUCAGGAGUUUCUAAUCAGAGCAAGAUUAGAAAUAGCAGGGAGUACUAGCCAAAAUAUCUUUCAAAUCAAACAGUUGAAAAUAACUGCGAUUUACUCAAGCAAUUCACUCAAGAUGUCCAUAGUAAAAACAUCUAAUUUGAAGAUAUUCAAGCUCUCUUAUAAAAUCCUAAUCUAAAUGCAAUUGUGAUUCAAGCUGUUGAGGAUGCAAAGUAAGAUAUAAGAAUGGAAGAACCCACAAGAUUAUUGACCAGAUUCGCUUUCAACCUGACCAAAAAUAUACUAGAAUAGAUCAAUCAUGAAUCACAUAAAGCCUCGCCAACAUUAUCCUCCUAAGAUAAAAGAUUAGGGACAAUUACAUCACUUAGUGACUAGAUGUCUAUCAGCUAGAGUGUUUUUGGAACAAACAUAUCCAACAAUAUUUCUUAAUAAUCAAAAAAGAAAUAUAAGAACUGGACUGCAGAAGAAGAACAAAGACUCAUGGAGUUGGUAAUGAGGAAGAACAAAGAUAUUCAUGAGUUGAGUGAUGCUGAUUGGUCAGAACUAGCUCUGAUUUUCAACAUUACCAUAUAGUAGGUCUUUACUAAGACUAAGAAACUCAUGAAGGAAGAAGAAAAGAGAGAGUAGUUCGAGCCUGAGAAAUUAGACAGCAAAAUAUCAAGAAGAUAGAUGAUUACCAAAGCAUUAACAGAUCUUCCAGAUCAAAGAGGAACCAAAAAAGAGAUCUUUACCAGAAUUGAGAGAAUCUACGAUAUCAACCUCGCUAAAAAUCAAAGCACUUACAAGACUCUUGAGCAGUUUCUGAGCAAAUAUUUUUCAAAAACUCCUUAAGAGUAUCAGCUCAACCCAUCUGCUGAUUUCAGCAGAUUUAGUGUGGGUGCAAACCCAGGGAUGAAGCAGAUGCUUAUUUCUUGUUUGUUGAAGAUGAUGGAUAGAAAGGGGGAUAUCAAGUAGAUCAAGAUCAAGAUGAUUUAGCUCUUUGGAGAUAAAAUUAGAUCCGAGUUCGUAGACAGAGCUGGCGCUAAUUGCAAUCUCCAAGAGUGGGAGAAAACUAUGCUUAAGACUUUCUCAAGAUAUAAAGAUAUCUUCUGCAAGACUAAAGCUGUGUUCUCCCUCAAUAGUUCUGAGAGAUGA